AUGUCGUCAGUAUUCAUUUCAAAUUGUUUCAUUAAAUCAGUUGUUACAACUAUCAAUAGACUACACUUAAUACAAACGAUCAUUGUUAAUGACAAUGAGGAUUUAACCGAAGAAGACUUGUCAAUGAAUCAAAGCCAAAUUUUGAUAUUUUCUGGAGUAGUGCAAAAUAAUUCUUACGUUGAAGACAACACAAGAGACCAUUUCAUUAUCAAACGAAAAAUUUAUAAUCCAACUACUAAAAAUUCUAUUGAUUCCAAUAUAUAUGUUUCUUAUGAAUAUAAUAACAGAAGCUACAGAAAUAGAAUGGAAUUUUCCACAAAAACUAACAAUAAUGAACGAAAAUGUGAUGACAUAGAUGAUGAGUUGGAAAAAAUUGAAAAUAAAUUCAAAACAAAUAAUAAAAGAAAAAAAAAUUCAAACACUCCUACAUCACCUAUCAAAACACCUUCAUCCACAUCAUCUUCAUCUACCAACAAAACACCUACUUCUAGUACUUCAUAUAUUUAUUUAGCAAAAGAAUUCCAAUAUGAAAAUGAUGAGCAUAAAAAAUAA